GUGAGCUCUUUCUGCUUAGCCUCCCUUUCACUGCGUCUGCAAGGUGUCAACAGACUAACCUGACUGAGGAAGAGGAGCCAAGAUGAGCACGUUUGGUUGUAACAGACCCAUGUAUCUGAAGACGUACGGCCGACAAAAGCGCAAGGUGGAUCUGUGGUUCUCACCUGACUGGAGGAAGAAAGCCUUCUCCUUCUCCAGCACACCCUCGUCUGAUCCGUCCAUCUCCGAAACCUCGCGUCCCGAAACACGGAAGAAGAAAAGCGCAGCUCCGGCUCGAUCCAGGACAGCGCGCAGGGCCCGGACGGCCUUGAAGGAGCUGGAAAGCGAUGAGAACAUCAUUCCUGACAGCGUGUCCAGGAAGAAGAAAAGCGCAGCUCCGGCUCGAUCCAGGACAGCGCGCAGGGCCCGGACGGCCUUGAAGGAGCUGGAAAGUGAUGAGAACAUCAUUCCUGACAGCGUGUCCAGGAAGAAGAAAAGCGCAGCUCCGGCUCGAUCCAGGACAGCGCGCAGGGCCCGGACGGCCUUGAAGGAGCUGGAAAGUGAUGAGAACAUCAUUCCUGACAGCGUGUCCAGGUGUCGCUCGGUUAGUGCAGUCGUCCUGCUGGAGGAGGUGGACGUGACAGACGUCUUAUCCAGGCAAAGCCUUAGCAGGAACCCAGAAGAACAGGACGCGUACCCGCCCAGUUUGGAGAUGGAGCUCUCGACAUCAGCAAGCAGAGCAGAACCAGGCAACAGCAACCAAACCUACGACGUCUCGGACUGCGUCCUAUCCAGUUUCUACUUCAGAUCCCUCCGCAUCACGUCUUCCUCCUUUCUGUCUGUUCCUCUGUCCUCUCCUCCUGUUCAUGAGUCUGGUGAUUUAUCUCUGGUGCUGAUUGAUCAUCUUAUGUUGGAGUGCAUGUCCUCUUGUCUCGCCGUCUCCCUCCAGCCUCUGGACCACAGCCAUCUCCUCAGUCUUCCGGAGCCUCAGACGGCCUCUCCUCCUCCUCCUCCUCCUCCUCCUCCUCCUCCUCCUCCUCCUCCUCCUCCUCCUCCUCCUCCUCUGGAGACCAAAAGUGAUGACCAGGUCAUGAAGAGUGUGCGCCACUCGGGGAACACCGAGAGGGUGAACGCUGAAGAAGAGCAGUCAUUUGGGAGCGAGGGGCAGACGGCAGGGGUGGUUAGAUGUCUGUCCAACUUAUUUGGACCUCCUAUUUCCCCUGCCCCCGUCGUGGCUCCUAGUAAAGUGCGCACACAGGUGGCGCCGAAAGAGCGCAACGGUGCUGGGAUGGGCCGGAGAGCGUGUGUGAGUGGCCUUAGCGUCAGCCGCUGGUCGAAGAGAGAUAUAGGAGAGAGGAACAAAAGCCAAAGGAAGAAUGAGACCAGGACAAGAAGUAAACCUGGAGACUGCUCUCUGAACUACCUGCUGCCUGCAGGGAUGAAGGAGGCCCCUGAUGGUGAUGAUAUCAGUGAUGCUGAGAAGGUGUAUCAUGAGUGUCAGCAGGAUGGCCCCGUCUCGUUUGAAGACUGCAUUCCUCCAGAGCAAAUGAAACGCUGCUCCAAGAUCGGAGAGGGCACGUUCAAAGAGGUGUUCUCCACAGUCAACGGCUCCAGUCAGACCGUGGCUCUUAAAAUCAUUCCAGUAGAAGGCUCUCAGAAAGUCAACGGGGAGCCGCAAAAAACCUUUGGUGAAAUUCUUCAUGAAAUCAUCAUUUCAAAAGAGCUGAGCAGCCUGGACUCAAACGAGAACAACAGAACGAGUGGCUUCAUUGGGCUCAACAAUCUUCACUGUGUGCGGGGGUGUUAUCCCAGCGCUCUGCUCAAAGCCUGGGACAGAUUUGACCAAGAGAAGAAGUCUGAGAACGACAGGCCUGACUUCUUCGGUCAGGAGCAGCUCUUUGUGAUCCUGGAGUUCGAGUUUGGAGGGAAUGAUCUGGAGAACAUGAAAGGAAAGCUGUCCUCCAUGGCCCAGGCCAGAAGCGUUCUACACCAGGUGACUGCUGCGCUGGCUGUAGCUGAACAGGCUCUGUGCUUUGAACACAGGGACCUGCACUGGGGGAACAUCCUGGUGAAAACCACUAAGGAGAAGCACAACCACUUCAUCCUGAACGGCUCAGUUUACUCAGUGGAGACACGAGGAGUUCAUGUCAACAUCAUCGAUUACUCGCUCUCCCGGCUGGAGAUUGAUGGACUGACGGUGUCGUGUGACAUAGCAAAUGAUGAGGAGCUGUUCAUGGGUCAGGGAGACUAUCAGUUCGAGAUCUACUGUCUGAUGAAGAAGGAGAACAAUAACUGCUGGGGGGAGUAUAAUCCUCACUCCAACGUCCUUUGGCUGCACUAUCUGGUGGACAAGCUUUUGAAGAUGAAGUACAAGACCAAAGUGCAGAGCAGCCAGCAGAAGGCGCUAAAGAAAAGCCUCAGAUCCUUCCAGUCAGAGAUCCUGAGCUACGGCUCAGCCACAGAGGCUCUCCUGCGCUGUAGCCUGUUUCAGUGAACACAGACUGUGAGCACGUUGGGCUCGUUUUAAUCUGUACAGUCAGACCUGUAAUUUUACUGUAAAUCCUUUUGUAAACUUCAGUUUUAAUGCAUUGUGAAAAUAAAUAAAGAAAUAAAAAGCAGGAGAAUAAUUGAAA